AUGGCUGUGCCAUCAGUCCCAUUAACCCACGGCGGCGACACGUUUCUGAGCUCGGUUGCGGCACUAAAUGGGCGCGUUUUUGACACGGACCCCGUCAUCGGUUAUAUGUUACUAGAUCUGUCGGAGAAAGAACGGCUGGCCUAUUUACCGACAUAUUGGUCCACAAUCAUCAAGUCGGCCCUGUUAAACAAAGCACUCAUUACCGAGGCGGAUGGUUGGAAAGCGGCAUCGGUCAUCGUGCCGCCAGGGCGAUACCUUGACAAUGUAUGGACUCUUCUGUCAGCCGGUUUCCUAGGCGUUUUGUGGAGAAUAGGGUUCCCAGGUUUCAAGCGUCUUUGGUUCGAGUUCUCUGGCAUGACCGACAACGCAAAAAGAAAAGGCUUACGCGGAAAGAGUCGGUUUUACUACGUCUUCAGUCUCGGAACUGAGCGCGAACACCGCGGGAAGGGACUUGCCAAAGCGAUCAUGCUAGACCAUCAGCAAACCGCCCAAGCAGCAAAUCUCCCGAUUUGGCUCGAGGCAACGACCCCGAGCUCACGUGGUCUCUACCUCUCGAUGGGAUUUGAAGAAGUCGAGGAGAUAUUGCUCGGAAAAGGCAAGGUUGCUGCUGAUGCCAGUCUUCAGCCUGGUGGGCCAGGUAUACCUCUGUGGGCGAUGGUGUGGUGGCCACAGCCCGAAAAAAGCACUUAA